AGCACAGUAGGUAAACACUGACUGGAAAAUAAAAAUGGCUACCACUGAAGGCGAAUGCAAAUGGCGGUUGUUAUUGUUCGUGGAAUUUCAAUAAUUAAGAAGAUUUUUGUACAAAAUAAACAACAAAAACACUACGCUAUAGACAUAGCAAUAAGCUAAAAAGCAAAUAUAAUUAAUCAGUUAACUGCAUGUGUGGUUAAAAACUUUUUACCCGCUCGCACAUCGUCUUAAUUUACGCCAGAAAUUGUGCUUCGAAACGCAAAUCGUGACAAGAAAAAGAUUCAGCGCCCAGUGAAAAGCAAUAUUAUUAGUUUGUAUGCAUAAAAUGAACAACAGUGUUAUCAUAAUAGUUCACUUAAAGCUGUGAAAAGUGCAUUAUCAAAUUUGUAAAUAGCAAUGUGCGCGUUUUCAUGCAGUUAACAGCAUUUAAAAACGUUGAAAAACUCACGAAAAUCGCAAUCGGCAGUAGAAGCAGCAGCAGCAGAGAAGCUAGCAGAGGAGCGCCCAAGUGCUGCCCGUCCGUGUCCGCUCCGCUCCGCACGUUGUCUCAAAAACGAAACGAAAAACGCGUCGGCAACAACAAAAGAUGCAGAGGUUAAAGUUAAAUAAAGUAAAAUAACAACAAAUUAAUUUUUAGCUACAGAUAAACAUACAUAUAUAUGCAUAUGUAUGUGGAUGCAUGCAUGUAUACAAGCAUCAGCCGCUGAGACGGACAAAGACAACAAAAACAACAGCAACCACAAGAGUGUGUAACGUGAGCAAAAACAAUUCAAAGUGUGGGAGUCGGUAAUCGGUAUAUAUAAAUAUACAUAAAGGAAACAACAAGAUUACGAUAAAUUGUUAAAAAUGCGCGUAGUGCAAAGAUGCAAUUGCUUAAAUGCAAAGGACGAGAUAAACCAAAUGAGCGGCUUAUAAAUUUUAUAAAGAAUUCAUUUAUUGUUGGUCACAAUGAUGAUUUCGAUACGCAUUCGUGAUUAUACAAAUUCAAAACGAAAUAGCAAGAAUUGUGUGUGAUUUUGUGCUAAAUGCAAAAUUUUUGCAUCACUUUGCCAAUUAAAUCUACGACGGGUGCGAUUGCCGUGUGAUGAUAUGCCACUUAAACAGCAGCUUGAACCGUCAGUGCGGAUAUCGGUGUCUCUGCCCUGGGAUGCAGCACAACGUCUGCGUCAACUGGCCGCCGAGGGGAAUCCCACACUGCGUGCCCUCGGAAUUCUGUCCGUGCAGCCUGAAGGCGAUUCUGUGAUAACUUUAAAAGUUGGAGGAAAAGAUAUUAAAAUCAAGGAUCAUUUAAACGAUGUCGCAGGCGGUGCAAUUGAGGCGGCUGGCACGUCUUCCAACAAAGCCGCUCUCACCGGGACGACACAUUUGUCGGUGCCCGCAUUCGAUGGCCCCAGUACAAGCAAGGCAGCUUAUUUGCAGCAGCAGCAACAACAGCAACAACAACAGCGACUUGUCGAUGCAAUCUCAAGCCAACAGCACCUACAACAACAGCAACAACAACAGCAGAGGAGGAAUGUGCUGCCGCAGCAGAAAAUAAUGCAACAACAAACGUUGCCGCCGCCACAGACGCCACCCUCGCCGUACAACAAUAAUGCGGCCACAACGCCGCCCGUUUUCAAGUCCCCCAAUACGGUGUGUCCAAUGGAGGGCAAGGUGCCGCUGUUGCCAUCGCCUGCUGGGGCACUCAACGUGCCAAGGGAUUUCCCGUUCGAAAGCAUGCGGCAGGCACGUGUCCUACAGGGCAGGGAGACGACGGCGGGCACGCCCGUCAUUGGCGGUCUUGGGCCACCGCCGCCGCCCCCAAAUGUAACUCUCAAGCUAUUAAACAAUCAAGCGGCACCAAAUGGCGAAGGCGUGUCCAAUAAAUCUCAGUUCAUACAUCCGCCACCGCCAUAUCCUGGUCUGGGACCGAGUUCGAGUCUGACUGCAACAAGCAAUAACAGCAAUUCAGCAGCUGUCGCACCGAGUGCGUGUACAAAGCCAACGCAAAGCUAUCACAUGCCAACGUCCUCAUCAUCGUCAUCAUCAGCAGCUGCAGCAGGAGGAGUUGCACCUGGAGGAGGAGGAGGAGCAGUCACGCCAACAGCCACGUCGACGGGCAGUAACAACAUUGCAAUAUCAUCCCCAUUUCACCACAAUUGA